AUGAUGGCUCCUAUUAAUCACCACGCGCUAUGCUCACCAUUCGUUACGCACAGUCAGCGACGCGCUUCCCGUUACAUCCACGUGUCAGCAGCACAAGCGAACCUAACGCACGAAAACGCUCAGUCCCCACCCGUGCCAGAGCCUCCUACCACAUCCGAAGCACACGCGCAAACCCCGCCCGCCAUUUCCGCCUGGCCCGCAUUCUCCGCCGCGUUUUCCGGCGAGUGGGCGGGAUACUCCGUCGAUUUCUCGCGCUUCGGGCAGCCCUUGGAGUUGCCGCAAUCCGUCGUUCCCGAGGCGUUCCGCGACUGGGGGCUCGUCCAAUACGCGUGGCAAUCUCAGACCUCCAGCGUCGCUCGCGGGGAAGCCCUUGGGAACGCCAAGAUUCUCUCUUCGUUCGUGCGGUACGCGCCUGCUGCGGGGUGCGAGGCGGCUUCUCCGCCUAAAUACAGUGUUGAAAGAACGGUUUUGGAGCUAUUUAGGGACACCACCAUCAGCACAACUGCUUCUCCUGCUGGUGGUGGUGGUGCUGCUGCUGCUGGCGACUUGUUUGCAUUCAAGGAAGAUGGUUCUUAUUUGCUCGUCCGAGCUGGCCAGUCCUCCACCAUGCCCGCGCCAGCCAGCGUGGACGUCAUGCGAGCCACUCAGUGGGUGCCACGUGGCACUGACUCCAGACCCCGUGACUCUAACGAGGGUGAUUCAUACAAGGGGAUCGGCAGCAUGGCAGCAGGGCCGUUUCAGGUGGAGCAUUGCUUGGCAUUGGAUGGGGUGGAAGCUGCAAGCGGUAAGGGAAGAGUGAGAGUGCGCGUCGUGCAGCAAUUUAAACCAGAGAAUGCAGCAGCAGGCGGGAAAGGAGGAGGAGCAUCAGCCGUGCCUCGGCUUGCCAGCCUGGCACUGCACAGGGAGAAGUGGGUGGAGCCGUUUUCGGGCGGCGCUGAGCUGGCGGAUGGCGCAGCGCUGUUCAGUUCGGAGAUGAUCGAGGAAGGGGAGGGGAGUGAGGCAGUGAGGGCAGGCCGGGUGAAGGAGAUUGAAGGGCGGUGGGAGGUGACGGCGAGAGAAGCUCAAGUGCCCGGAGCUCCAGCCACCUCAUCAUCACUUGUUGCUCUGGAGUUGACUGAACCCAUUCAAACGGAGCUCUCAAGGCAGAUGGAGACCUCUGCUUUGGACGAUGGAACGCUCAUGCUGCUGCCAGAGUUUCCUUGCACCCCAUUUAUUCUACCACCCGAGGCUUUCCUCUUUCUUUCAUUAUCCUCCUCCCCUUUCUGCCUCUGCUGCCACUGUGGCCUUUCAGGGAGUCUGGAGUCAUGUGCAUAA